UGGCGGUGCGGGGCGGUGGGGGACGGUGGAGGGCGGUGGAAGGCGCCCGGAGCGCGGCCGCCCGCGGGCAGUGCGCGCCCGCCCCGGUCCGACACUCGACGUCGGCUCGUCAACGAAACCACACAACCCUAUAUAUUUAACGACCAAUAUUUAAUCGAAUACGAGCACGACAUAAGCCGCCAAAAUGUUUAAAACUCAUUUAGAAAUGAUUGGCAGAAAUGAGACGCCAUCAAAGAAAGCCAGAUUUUGGCAAUCCUUUGUGCGUUCUCUAAAAGGAUCGGAAGACAUCAGAGCAGAGGAGAGGUACAGGCCCACACGCCGCAGCGUGUUCCCCGAACUCCUGUCCACCUACCCCUACUCCAAGUCUAUCUACGACGAUCCCAUCGCCGCCGCCGAGAGGAUCACCGUCCCCGGCUACCGUUACCUGCCAGUCCACCGCGAGAUCUACGGAUACUCCCCACGCCCCAUCUAUGCCCACAACUACCCUCGCUCUCUCGAUUGGUACAGGCCAAUUUACCACGUACCGAGACGCGUGCGACGAGGCGUCGACCCCUUCGAUGCCCACAAGGCGUGGCAAGACCAUCUCGACAGGCUGGCCGCCAUUGACCGUCUGUACCCCUCUCGUUACGGUCUCUACCUGAAGGACCGGGCAUACCCCAUCACCGACCUUAGCGCUCCCAUCAUCGACCCUCUGCAGCCCAAGAGUCUUAAAGGCAUCGAAUAUGAGCCUGACAACAAGCCCCACUGGGGAACAGGAUCGUGGCCGGCGAGAGUAUCGGACGUGUUCAAAAAGGAUCCAUUUUUUGCGGAGGCCGAAAAAUGGGCAGGUUUUGACCGCUCGCUCCGAGGGAAGUCCCCGACGCCUGUGAAGCCGAGAAUAAGCCCGCCGCGUGAUUGCGAGGUCGCAUUCGAUGCCGACGGUGCACCGCUGUACAACCUGGGCGGUCUGCGGCGCAGGCCAUGGGCUGACAUUUUCAACCCGAGCCCCUCUCUACCUAUCUCGGCGAUCACUCGGGACCCCUUCUGGUACGACUGGCCGGAGCUGAAGCCCCUCGCUCGAUGGGACCGCAGCCCCUCCUACAUCCGUGACUCGUACCUGUCGCCCGUCAAACGCACCUACCUCUGGGAUAAGCACCCGAUCAGGCCGUUAGAUUUAAUGGUGGCAGACGCGCUCACCGUCGGCGAUAUAAGCAAGACUUUACCGUUCAUUCGUAGUCUUUAAAUAUGCAAACGUCAGCAGGUAUCUGCUGCUGCCUUCUAAAGGGCCGGACAUCAAACCCAGAUUAUUUUAAGUUAUUUACAACAUUUAAUUAAACACUAUGUUUUAUAAACUUUUCUGUUAUAACUUUGACUAUGUUAAUCAAAUAACUCAAAAAAUAAAUCGACUUGUUUAUAAUAUUUUAAAAUUAAAAACAAUAAAAGGAUUUUCACGUAAGAUCUCAAAGACUGCUAUAACAUAGUCACUGCCACGGAAAUGAACUUGUUACAAAAGUUUUGUUUUUAUUACCUUUAAAUAUUUUUUAUUUAUUCCAAAAAGUAAAAAAAUCAAUAAAACCUAAAAAAACCUAA